AUGUCUCCAAAUGGAGCGAGAUCGAGUCCUGGACUUCCCUCUCAGAGACGUCACGAUGAAACUUGGGUAGAAGUAGCGUCACAGCCCUCAUCUUCCUCCUUGUCCAGUAUCGGCGAUGAGAUUGUUACUACCGGCCUGCGCGUCGGAAAUCCAUAUGUGCGCCGACGACGAUUACAGCAAUCAGCACGAUCGCUCCCUCAACAGCAGACUGCUAUUCAUAAUGUGAACGCGGCCGACUUGAGUAGCCAGGAGGAAUACGACGAGAGCGAUAGCGAAGAUGAUCGCCUACUUACCAGCUCGACCGAGAACGCUCAGCCUGAGGAGGAGGCGGAUAUGGAUUCAGAGGCUGAGUCGGAUGGUGAUAACGUCACCGCGCUCGGACGUGCGUCCGAUCAACCUACAGAGCGUAUCUUUCGACCUCAGCCAAAUGCCUUCACUCAUCCAUCCACCCAACGAAGAGACUCGGCUCCAGUCAUCCCAAGCGCUCAUCCUCCUCAUCCUCAUAAUGGUCUUACACGGCCAUCCUUUACCCAACGAUCGCAGACACGGCCCCACCGUGCGGGCCCAAGCUUCAUGUCCCCGGCUGUUCGUGAAGAGAACGACGCGGCUCUUCGUGCAUCUCUCACUACUCUUCUUUCCUGCGCGCAUGCUGCUAGAGGUCUGCCCAAGUCAAAGGAUGAAGUAGAGGCCCAGAGGACCGCCAACGCAGGUGUAGGUCCCAGCAGUCAACCCAUGGAACUCCGACUUGUACCGGAGUCAGAGCUGUCGACAGAGCCGAGACGAGCCCAGCGACCUGCGGGCCCAUCUCCACCCCGCAAACGGGGCUCCCCCGCAAGAUCCCCUUCACGAACCUCUGAAAGAGGCAAGCACGGCUCCGGAUCGCCGACGGUCUCAAGGGCUACUAAGAAAAAGAAGGUUUCCCAGAUCGAAGAGCCAACCAGCAUCUCACCAACCCUUCUCACAUGGGUUGUCAGCGCUGGAGUUGUCGUGCUUGUAUCUGUGGUGGGGUUUGGUGCUGGUUAUGUUAUUGGUCGUGAGGUCGGCAAGCAAGAGGCGCUGGCUGCCAGCGUUGGAAGUGUCAACGAAACGGCAUCCUGCGGCCAAGAAGUAAUUCGAUCUUCGGGCAGUGGGCUUCGUAAACUUCGAUGGGGUGCUGUCGGAAAGAGCAUCGUUGCUUAG